AGGGGUGGGAAAGUGGUCUGAGAAAGACUGACUCAGUGGUCUGAGACUGGCUGCUGGUCUUCCUGUAUCCACUCCCUUCUCUUGAUGCUUUAAUGCAGAUGCCUGGCUCUUACCACACCCUAACAGCCCACCGGUCUAGGUCAGAGUUCAAAGGUCAGCGUUCUGCCACGUGCCAGCACAAUCUGUGCCACUGUCCAUCAGGCGGGGCAGGACAAAAGGAGAGGAACACACAACCCGGGAGAGGGGCGAGUGUCUUGGUCACAGAUGAGCACAGUGUCACUUCCUGCCUUGUCCCGCGUGGCUGUGUGUGGCGGUACUCAUGGCAACGAGCUCUCGGGUGUGUACCUGGUGCGGGAGCGCCUGAAGAAGAAGCAGCAGCAGCGUGAAGGGCAGGAGUCCUUCAGCGUGACGAUGGUGAUGGGAAACCCGCGCGCUGUUCAGCAGUGUCGUCGCUACACCGAGGCAGAUCUGAACCGCUGUUUCACUCGAGCCACUCUCAAUUCUCCCAUCUCUGAUAAAACGCCAUACGAGAUUAUACGUUCCCAAGAGCUAAAUGGUCUGCUGGGGCCCAAAGGAAGCCCUAAAGCCAUGGAUCUGGUGUGCGACCUACACAACACCACAGCCAACAUGGGCCUAUGCUUCAUCACCUUCUCUGACAGCGAUUGGAUCUCCCUGCACAUCUACAGGCAUCUCCAGAGAGAGCUGGCCACCAUACCUGUACGAUACAUACACUUCGACUUGCCAAAGAACGAAGCCUACUCUUUGGAGUCAGUGGGAAAACACGGCUUUGCGAUGGAGAUUGGCCCACAGCCCCACGGUUCUGUCCGGUCCAACGUCUUUGUUGCAAUGCAGGAGGGAAUAGAGCUAAUGUUGGAAUGGAUUCGCCUCUUUAACUCAGGGACUCAUUUUGAGGGAGGGUCUGUGGAAGUGUUCACUUUGGUAAAGAACAUUGACUACCCUCGAGACCCGGAGACACGCUCCAUCACUGCAGCUAUUCAUCCAGAACUUCAGGAUCGUGACUUCUGCCUCCUUCACCCAGGCGAUCCGCUGUUCCUCUCGUUCUCUGGGGAAACCCUGCGCUAUAAAGGGAAAGAGCCACUCUAUCCGUUUUUUGUAAAUGAGUGUGCCUACUACGAGACGGGCAUUGCUCUCUCUCUGGCCAGCCGAAGGAGAGUCACCAUUCCAUCCAUCCAGUGCAACAGAGACCGAUUGACGAUGGGGACGGACGUGUGAAAACAAGAGACAUGUCACAGGCGUCUCCUAGACUGGGGUCAAGUGGAUAAAGACACAAAUCCUUUGAUUCGAACUCCACAAGAAUGUGUGUGUGAGGACUGCACGAAGAAAUCAUCACAGAAAUACAACAUACGUCAUCUGCUUUAAUUAAUAUACCGUAUAUAUAUUUUCAAAUUCUCUAAUGCAAAACUCUAAUGCAAAUGUAGCACUGCUUGAACAGCCAUUUCAAAGACAAUUCUGGGAUAUCAUGAACAGAAUUAUGAAAACAAAAGAUAAUUGAUCAUUGAUUGAUAUUGUCAUUUCAAAAGCUGAAGAAACCAACUUUGCUUGA